AUGUCAGGCUGUUCGGAGCGUUAUGGGAAUAUACUGAAUGUUGACACGACUGGAGCUUCGGAGGCAACUGCGAAACCAGAAGGUCUGAGCUAUGCAGGAGUUCCUGCCUCAGAGAAGAUUGCAGAAAGAGAUUUGAAGAACAUGGAGAAAUACCAAGCCAAGAUUACAAAAGCCGGCAACAGCAAGUGUGUAGAUCCAGCUGUGAUUGCUGCUAUUAUCUCUCGAGAGUCACACGCUGGGACAGUGCUGAAGGAUGGCUGGGGUGACCACGGAAAUGCAUUUGGUUUAAUGCAGGUUGACAAACGUUACCAUAAGAUUGUUGGGUCAUGGGACAGUGAAGAGCACUUAGCACAAGGCACAGAGAUUUUAUGCGGUAUGAUAAAGGAAAUCCAGAAGAAAUUCCCAACAUGGACAAAGGAACAGCAGCUCAAAGGUGGGAUUUCAGCCUAUAAUGCAGGAACUAACAAUGUCCAGAGCUACAACAGAAUGGAUAUUGGCACAACACACAAUGACUACGCCAAUGAUGUCGUUGCAAGAGCCAAGUUUUAUAAAAGAAAUGGAUACUGA